AUGUGGUUAAGUAGCUUUUUUUUAGUGUUGGUAUGUGCCGCUAAAGACGAACUUGAUAAGCAUCUCGAGCUUGGGAAGCAGUUCUUGGCAAAAGGACAGUUUGCUGAUGCUCUUACUCAUUACCAUGCUGCAAUAGAGUUAGAUCCAAAGAAUUAUCAGACGUUAUAUCGAAGAGCUACCGUCUAUCUCGCAAUGGGCAAGAGUAAAGCCGCUAUUCCGGACCUUGACAAAGUCGUCGAAUUGAAAGGAGACUUCACAUCGGCUAGAAUCCAACGUGGAAAUGUCCUUCUCAAGCAAGGAGAAAUUGAUGCUGCUGAAAACGAUUUUAAUGCUGUGCUAUCCGUCGAGAAUUCGAAUACCGAAGUCGAAAAUAAACUAGACCUUAUCGUUGAUCUUCGCCAAUAUCUUCAUCAAGCCAAAACGCUCUUCGAACGGAAGGAUUGGCAUUCUGCGGAACACUACUUGAAUAAAGCACUAGAGCAUCUUGUCUGGGAUCCCUCGCUAUAUCGACUUCGAGCACAGUGUUACGAAGCCCGAGGUGAGAUUAGGAAGGCCAUCGCCGACAUGCGAACUCUUACAAAGCUAGUAGCGGAUAGUACAGAAGAUUUCUUAAGGAUAUCUCAUCUCUACUACGGUAUUGGAGAUGUAGAAGAGUCGCUGUCGUACAUUCGUGAAUGUCUGAAAUUAAACCCAGACCAUAAGGAGUGUUUCUCGUUUUAUAAGAAGGUCAAGAAGCUUGCAAAAAUGAGAGAAUCUUUAAUUGACGCGAAAGGAAAUGGAAAUUGGUUGGAUUGUAUUGAGAAGGGUCAACAAAUUCUGAAAUAUGAGAGCUUAACAGAAAUCCAGAUGAGUGCGUUCCGACAUAUGUGCAAAUGUAACACGGAGCUGGGUCAUCUUGCCGAAGCUAUUGAGCAGUGCAGCGAAGUGUUGAAGAAUAGCGAUCCAAGUGACGUUGAUGUUCUUUGUGAUCGAGCGGAUGCAUACUUGCUAGACGAACAAUACGAUGAAGCCAUUGAGGACUUCCAAACUGCUCAUCAGCUACAAGAAGACAAUAGGAGAGCUCGGGAAGGUUUGGAAAAAGCGCAGAAAAUGAAGAAGCAGGCGGGUAAACGAGACUACUACAAAAUUCUUGGCUUGAGAAGGAACGCAAGCAAACGCGACAUUACGAAGGCAUACAGGAAACUGGCUCAGAAAUGGCAUCCGGAUAAUUUCAGCGACGAGAAAGAGAAGAAGAAAGCCGAGCAGAAGUUCAUCGACAUUGCUGCUGCUAAGGAAGUCCUUUCUGAUGACGAGAAACGCGCACAAUUCGAUCAAGGGAUCGAUCCUCUCGAUCCUGAAGCGCACCAAGGAGGCGGGUCGCAUUUUCACCAAGGGUUCGUAGCACUGUUUCUCUUUCUAGCCCUUCCUCACCUUAAGAAUGGCAACCGAAAAUCGCCUUUUAUUACAUGUUAA